AUGACACGGCGUUGGGUCGUGUGCGUCACGGCCUUGCUCUUAGUAUUCCCUAUGAUACAAGCAUACGUUGUUCAGAUCAAAGAUACAUAUGCUAUGCGCCAAACGUGCAGUGGUGUCCGUGCUGGCACUGAUUCUCGGGUAGAUGUCGUAUUUUAUCCCAACUCUACAGGGACUGUGACCACACUUGUGUAUGAAUUUCAAGACAUCGGCAUUAUUGGAAAAGUGGCACCUGAUGGAUCACAGGACAAGCUUUUUAUGUGCACACCGGAGGCUGUACAAGACAAGCUGUGCACGGAUAAAGAUUUGGGCCUGUACUUGAUUGAUAAACCGAAUCUGUCCGGCACGUCUAUUCAACAGCAGCGUAUCGACUUCGGUGCAUCUCUAACAAAUCAAACGAUCUUGUCGCACAAAGUCAACACUACUGGCUUUUACUGCGUGAGUGUGGAGCCGUAUGGUUCAAAUAUGGCAAUGAGCGAAGCUUUCCGGGGUCAUGUCGACUUUGUGAAUUCCUUUCAUGGUCAACUUCCUGCAUCCGAACACCCAAAACUUUACUUUUAUGGAUGGCUCACUCUAACCUAUUUGGCCAUGGCUAUUGCAUGGCUGAUGCUAUGCUUUAAGUACAAGGACCAAAUCGUUACUGUGCAGCACUUUAUCACGGGUACUAUGGUGCUUCUGACGAUUGAAAUGGCUUGUGAGUGGGCUUACUAUAGCUACUUUAAUGCUCAUGCCAUUGAUUAUUUGCAUUUUCGUUCGAUCAGUGGUCAAGCAUCAGUCACCGGCAUGGCACGCUUCUGGCUAUUACUGACCAAUAUCCUUGAGCCUGCCAGAGAGAGUUUAUCCUUUUUUUUAUUGCUGAUUGUUGCAAUGGGUUAUGGUGUCGUACGCCCCACCAUCGGCAGCGUGAUUAACAAGGUAUACCUACUUACGGCACUGCAUUUCAUCUGUGGCGCCAUGUACUCUGUUGGCGUGACUCUCGUUCUACUGGACAUCGCAUCUGAAUGGGUCGCCUUUUUUAUUUUUCCUCUCGCAUUCACUCUCACGGCUUUCUACAUGUGGAUUCUUUCAUCGCUCAAAGCAACAACCCGUUAUUUGUCUGAACGUCGGCAGACAUUUAAGUGCGCCAUGUUCCAGCGUCUCAACUCAAUUCUUAUCGGAUCCGUGGCAUUUGUUUCAUUAUACUUGUUCGGUAUGAUUUUGUAUGUGAGCUUAGUGGGUCCAAAUGACUUCUUAUACCAAUCAUGGAAAUACCGCUGGUUCCUAUUGGAUGGUAUUCUUUCGCUGCUGUACUUUGUUGCGUUUGCACUUAUUGCUUGGACUUGGCGUCCCACUGGUAAUAAUAUGCGGCUUGCCAUGUCAGAUGAGCUCGCAACGGACGAGGAAACACCCGGAGCAGAAUAUGAAAUUCACGCGAUAGGUCAGGAUGACUUAGAUCGCGAUGCUCUUGAAGUGGAUCCAAAUCAUUUGCAUCAGUUAUCACAAGCGCAGAACGACACAGGCGUACCCCCUGAAUACAAUGAGUUCACAUCUGAUGGUCGCAUCGAGCUCAAAGAUGAUAAACAUCAUCAUGACAUUGAGGAUGACGAGUUUGACGUGGUAUUUGAAGCGGAUCAUGACAUGUCGCGCAGGUCGUAUGAUACCGAUCAGAAAAACGACCAUGAAGUUCAACGUCUUCGCUUGCACGAAGAGGAUUUGUAG